AUGUUAUUAUUUUUAAUUUAAGUAGCAUAAGCAAUUACUUUUUCAAGAGAAGUAGCAUCUUAAAUUUUUGAAUCAGGUAAACCAGCAUUGAUAUUGUUUUAUGAAAAUUCUCAUUAAGACCAAUUGAAUGAAUUUAAGAAAGUUAAAAAUGAUUAAUUAUUAUUGAUUGAGGCUAACAAUUCAGAUAAAUCUGUUAAUAAAUUAAUCUAAAUACUUUAAAUUCAUCAAUUACCAGCUAUAAAAUUAUUGAAAUGUGAUGGUAAUACUUGGUAGGAUGUUUAAACUAUUAAUUAUGAUGAUCAAAUACUUAUUGAAAAAUUGAAUAAAUUUAUUUCAAGAUAUCAAGAUGGCUAAUUAUUUUAUGAUAUUCAAAGUGAAGAUGUACCAGGAAGAUAAAUGGACGAAGGUAUAGAGAUUGUUGUUGGACAUAAUUAUGAUGAGCAUGUUCAAGAUACUAAUAGACAUUAUUUGAUUUAUUUUUAUUCUUAGGAUUGUGAUCUAUGUUCAUCUAUGCUUUAGAAUUUAGUGAGAUUGAAUAAUCAAGUUAGGACAGGAAAGACUUCAAUUAAACCAAAUCAAUUGAAAAUAGGUAAAAUAAAUGGAGAAUUGAAUAAAAUUCAUGGACUUAAAAUAAAUAAGUAUCCUUCUUUAUAUUUAUAUAAAAUGAAUGAUAAGACACCUAUAGAAUAUAAAGGAGAUCGAACUACUGAAGGAAUGUUAAUGUGGAUAGAGAAUAUGAAUAAAUGAU